AUGGAGUGGCCCUUCAUGUCCGAAUUCUUGUACUCGGUUGUCCCCUCCCUGCCGACCUGGAAGCCUAACACGUCCAGCAGCAGCAACAACAACAGCAACAACAACAACAGCAACAGCAACAGCAACAGCAACAGCAACAAAUCUCGUCGCCCGUCGCAGCGGACAGACUCCAACGGGGGCAGCACCACGACUGGCAGCGGCUUGACACCCACCGCCCCAGCAUCACCAUUACCGUCACCAUCAGCAACCGACCAUCAGCAGCGGCUCGACCGCAAUCGAGGCGCCGACGCAGCGACUGCCACCACUGCCACCACAACCGACAAUAAUGCCCGCGCUCGCUCUCGCCGCUCCCUGAUCCGUUCCGCCUCGCGAUCGUCCUCCAGCAACCGAGGUCACCACUACUGGUUGACAAAGACCAACAGCACCAGCUCUGCCAGUGACAGCGCCACCGCGGCAAACCCAUCAGCACUGACUACCAAUAACUCCAGACUCUUGGACAGCCGGCAGCACUCCAGCAGCCCUCUCUCGCGCGCGCGCUCCAACAGCGCAGCCGCAGCCGCAACCAACAGAAGCAACAAGGACACCACCAGCCCCUCGGUCGACGCGGCCCGCAACUCGUCCUCCUCCUCGACCGUAAGCGCACGUACCCGCCUCACAGCCGCCAGCCUCAGCGCCGUCACAUCGGGCACGAGCUCGACAAGUUUCACCCCGCGCAAGCAGAAGCACAGGAACAAGGCGAGCAGCAUCAGCAGCAAUAGCGGUCCUGGAGGUGUCAGCGGGGCACCUCCUCUUCCAUCCACAGCAGUACCGUCUCUACCGUCGAAACUACACGCGUCAACAGCCGCGCAACAGCACGGCGGCAUCACCGCCACCACCGCCAACAGCAGGCCGCUCUUCCACGUGGACAGCAUCGCGGCGGGCGAUCUGAAGCAUGUGGCCAUGUACCCCGAUGUAACAAUGGAUGCAUACCGGCCACCAGCCGGUCCCAAGGUUUUCCACCCGCCUUCUGGGCGAGCCGAGUCGGUGAGCUCGACCAGCCUUGCCACCGCCCAGUCGAGCAAGACCGUCCUAUCGAGUGACCCAAGCGCACCAGACUCGACGCCAGCGCAGAGACCAUUUGUCCAGCGGAAUGGGCGCUCGUACCUGCGCGACCAGACAAACCCAUACCCUCUGCCUGUGGACUUGACAGAGCUGCAUCGCCAGUCUCUACGGACCUUGCUGCUUAUCCAAGUCCACGGUGCGCCCGUCGCAAGUCCGGCCCUGACGGCCAAGCCGCCCUUGAAGGUGUUGGAUCUCGGCUGCGGAUCGGGCUUCUGGAGCAUGAUGUGCCACCGCUACUUUAAGAGCCGGGGACACGGGGGCAUACACUUCACAGGCAUGGACGUGGCUUCCGUGGCCCCGAGCAACGGGCCCGAGGGCGGCAAGCCGGACCGAGAGAUGAAGUGGACGUUUGUCCAGCACGACCUCCGCGUCAAGCCGUGGCCCUUUGCCGACGGCGAGUUCGACAUGGUCUUCAACAAGGACAUGGCGCUCGCGUGCACCACGUCCCAGCAGGCGACCCUGAUGGACGAGAGCAUCCGCGUGCUCAAGUCGGGCGGCACCCUCGAGAUCUGGGAAACGGACCACUCCAUCCGCAUGCUGCGCAAACACGUCCCCAGCGCCUCGGCCGCCAAUACCCAGGUCGAGGAGCAGGAGGCCGCCUCGACGCUCGGCGCCUACGUCAUCAACACCAACACACCCCUCUCGCCCCCCCAGUCCGCCUACCUGCAGGAGUACAACGGCUGGCUCAAGCGCGCCAUGGACGCGCGCGAGCUCAUGGUUGAGCCCUGCACCGUCGUCAACCACAGCCUCCUCUCCGAGGCCGAGUCCCUCAAGAACAUUGGAUCUCACCGCGUCGCCAUCCCCUUUAGCGAAGUCCGUUGGGAGCGCGAGGGCGUCGGCGGCAUCGUCACCAAGGACGGCAAGUCGUAUCCCACAAAGUCCAACCGCGAGCAGCCGCCGCAGAUUAUUGAGAAAAAGUCCCUCACCGCGGGCCAAGCCGCACUGCGACGCACCGCGCUUCUCACCCUCAUUGAGGAGAUACAGGCGCUGGAGCCCCUGCUGCGCGAGCAGAGCGGCAAGAGCCAGGACGAGUGGGACGUGUGGAUGAGCAAGAUGACAACAACACUCCUCAACGGGGGCGACUACGACACCCGCUGGGGCGAGUGUCUCGAGUCGGGCGCCUGGUGGGCUACGAAGCGAUAA